AUGGGCUCGUCUUUAUGUGUUGCCGUGAGGAAAAAGGAAAAGCAGAAGCAGAAGAAGACCGUGGUGUUCUUACCAGAGAUCCCUGAAGAAAUGUUGAUCGAUAUCCUAAUCAGAUUGCCGGCGAAAUCUCUGAUGAGAUUCAAGUGCGUCUCAAAGCUCUGGCUUUCCCUUAUCACCUCUCGAUACUUCACCAACCGUUUCUUUAAACCCUCAUCACCAAGUUGUUUGUUCGCGUAUCUUGUGGACAGGGAAAAUCAGAGCAAAUACCUGUUGCUCCAAUCAUCAUCGUCAUCGAGGCAUGAUCACUCGGACACAUCUGUCUCUGUGAUUGACCAACAUUCGACCAUACCGAUAAUGGGAGGCUACUUAGUGAACGCUGCUCGUGGUUUGUUGUGUUACAGAACUGGGAGAAGAGUGAAAGUUUGUAACCCUAGCACAAGGCAGAUUGUGGAAUUGCCCAUAAUGAGAUCUAAGACUAAUGUGUGGAAUUGGUUUGGACAUGAUCCUUUUCAUGAUGAAUACAAAGUGCUUAGCUUAUUUUGGGAGGUCACCAAGGAACAGACAGUUGUGAGAUCAGAACAUCAAGUGUUGGUACUUGGUGUUGGAGCUUCAUGGAGAAACACUAAAAGCCACCACACUCCUCAUCGUCCUUUUCAUCCAUACUCACGAGGGAUGACUAUUGAUGGUGUUUUGUAUUAUAGUGCUCGGACUGAUGCAAAUAGAUGUGUCCUUAUGAGUUUUGACUUAAGUUCUGAAGAGUUCAAUUUGAUUGAAUUACCCUUUGAGAACUGGUCACGCACCAUUCACAUGAACUACCAAGGAAAAGUUGCUACUUGUCAAUAUAUGCGUCUUGCAAGUGAUGGCUUUGUGGAUGUUUGUGUCCUUGAAGAUGCCGACAAGAGUCAGUGGUCGAACAAGAAGACUUUUGUUUUGCCUAUUUCUCAGAUGAAUUUCGUCCAUGGAGACCGGUUGGUGGUGGGUGCCUCUAGAGACAGUGGUAAGGUUUUGAUGAGAAAGGCAAAUCUCUUACGGAAUCAACACGCACGCUUUUUCCUUUAUGAUAUGGAGAGGAAUGAAAUAGCACGAAGGAUUGAAAUUAGACCAUCAUUACUUGGUAGCUUUAACAAGACCAAUCAGUUUCUCAAAGUUUGUUAUACAUUCCAAACUAAGUAA